AUGAAGCCGUUGGCUUCGGUCAAGACUCCUCCUCGGGGGCAGACGCCCGGUCUUCGUGAGAAAAUUGAAGUCAAGCCUUCUGUCGGAGCCGGUAUCCCGACGAGUCUUUUGGAAGGCAGCAGUUUAUGUGUCGGCGAAAACUUCGUGCUUCACAAACUGGAAAGCUUGAAGUAUCUCGACGUCGACCGAUUGGAGUCAGUGGGAUAUAUGCGACUCAUGUACGCACCCAAAUUGACAUAUUUGAAAUUGAGCGCCUUUCGAAAUAUCACCGGUAUCACGCAUCGCGACGGUUCGAUUGAUGGUAGAUCCAUGGAGCUCGGGUUAGGCGGUCUCGAGUCUCUCGACGCAUUCUUCAAGGAACCGCAACUCAGCGUUGACGAUGUUAUCAUCUACAACUCAGGCAAAGUCAAGCGCCUUCAGAUCGGCGCCGCCAAGAUUGGCACGCUAAAGUUCGACUAUGUCUCAUACGGGGGGCCAAACAAUCUAACGUUGGUGCUGGGCGGGUCUGGUAUCACUGAACAGACAAUUGGCAGCAUUAAAACAACAUACAGCCUCAACGGCAUUGAGCGGCUAGCAAAUCUCAAGACGUUGAGUGUGGGUGGCUUUAGUAGCUUCGGUGCCAACUUUUAUCAGCAUCUCGAUUUACCUUUCGACCAUCUGGGCAAUCUCACAAUCAGGAACGAACGGGAAUUGAUGUGGCUUUCGGUUCCACCACAGGCAGCCCAGUGGAAAAUUUCAGUCUCAACGUCGGACACAACACCAAUUUGA